UAACUAGUUUGAGUUAUUUGUCAUAGUAAAUAAAUAAACAGUGAAUACUUAUCAAUAUGUGGUGUUGUUUUGACGUUGACGUUGUGUUCACAAAUAAUAGCAGUGCGAGAUAGUAUUUACUUUAUUUUACUUUUUCAGUAAUUCUUUUUUAAAAUUUUGUUUACAUUACCACUUAAGGUCUCAAACUUUGUACAAAAUGAAGUGAUAUAAAUCUCCACAUCCAAAAGCUUUUAAGAGAGACGAAGUGGUUUCAACACAUUGGAUAUUAGAGAGCCCAAACUAGCGGUAUCUCAAUGGGCGCCAUCUAUACAUUAAUGAAGCGCGGUAACCGCCAUAACCCAACAUAAUCUGGCCUAAUACCUUAAGACUUACGAAAGUCCCCGGAAGCUCGCCGCUUCUCUUCGAUGGUAAUCGGCUCAAAUGCGAGUUCCAAAUGUAUUCACAGUUCAAAUGUAGAAUUCAAAAAUCAUCCGUGCGAACCAUACUAAUAGGCAGAGCGCCGUUAAAAGACUGAGCAGCGCUGCCAACUAUGCCUUCCUGCUGCCUGUUGGCUGGCUUGCUGCCUAUCAGCCGGCCUGCGCUGCUGCGUCGCUGUGUCGCUGCCGAAGACCCCCCAAAAGAAAUGCCAGCAACAGCAACGACAACAACACUUAAAAUCAGCGCGCACACAUGCAAUCAACAUUUGAGUAAGCACCAGCAACAGCAACACGAACCGAAAAACUGGACAACAACAACAACAACAACAAUUAAAAGCAACCACAUUAAUAUGACAGUAGUUAAGAAACGAGCAGCGAACCGAAGUGAUGAACGAACUAUGCCAACAAAAACGAACAACACGAAAACGAAGUCACCGCCAAUGUUGUUGCUGCUGUUUCGUUCGCGGUGGCAAAGCUGCUGCGCUGCUUACUGCUAGCGGCAAUAAAACGAACACAACCGAGUGCAAAUGCCCACCAAACGAACGUCGCUACAUGCGUGCAUGCAAGAGCAUACUGCAAGAGGUAAGACAAAACCAAAACGAAGCGAAGGAAAACAAAAUCAACGCAGGCGAAUGAAUUGCGCGCGCCUGUUAAAAGGUGACGAGGGCGAUGGUGGAAGAGACAGAAGCCAAACUGACAGCUAACAGUAGACUAUCCAACCACCCACCUUCGCCGCUGCUAACGUCGACGCGCUCACUAAUGGCUAACAGCUGUGCCUUGGCUGAGAGCGAAUGCGUGAGAGAGCGCAGCAACAGUAAAAAGGCGAACAAAUAAUGACGUAAUUAAUUAAGGCAGUUGUGCUGAGUGGCAACAUUCGUAUAUCGUGUAUGAGUUUGUGCAAGGCGCUCAUUAUAAGCUCCCAGCAUUGUUGUUGCCAUAGCUCCAACUUUGCUGCAAGAAUUCAAGUGGGGAAAUAGUUUGUGCGCGAGUUGAGCUUGACGAAAAUCUGAUGCUGUAAGAGAGAGUGAGAGAAAUAAAAGAAACAAGAUUAAUUAGAGCUGUUAGCAAACCGGAGACAUGAGCGUUUUCCAAACUUUUAAUGUGACAAACGCAUGUGUUUGUUGGAAUGUGCCGCAGUUGACAGUGGCGCUUGUGGAGCCUCAGCACUGUGAGCGCGCUUUGCUUUGAACAGCUGCCUCACCCUCUCUAUCUUUCUCUCUCUCUGUGAUGUUUUAAUAGCACACUGCUGGUGCCGUAGAUGGGGCGUCACAUUCAUUUGG